CAAGCGACGUUUCCCUGAGACGAGAACGCGUUUCCCACGAUCCUCUAUUUGCGAGCUAUUCAUUCAACUGGUUUGUGAUUAAGAAAACUUAGUUCGAUCCAUCGACUGAAAGAUUUGUAGUGGUAUAAACCCACGGGAACCGAAGGGGGAAAUUGUUGGCCGGAGAUGCGUCCUCGUCUUCGUCCCGAUCCGUUCCACUUAGGGCUUUUGCUAGGGCUGCUUCUCUGCCACCACGCCGGGGCUUCGAUCCACGAAUACUACAAUGGCGCCUUCAUCCCGCGCUCCAACUCCUUCUUCUUCCACGGCGGCAGUGAGGGCCUCUACGCCUCCGCCGAGGUCAACAUCACCGCCCCAGCCUCCGAUGGCAAUUCCUUCAUCCAGUUUGAAUCUGUCACAUUCAGACGGACAAAAGAGUCAGCAUCCAUGCAUAGUGAUAUGCAACAAAAGACCGGAUUGGUAGAAGCUAUAGUAGUUGAAAUCCAAGACAGGGACAAGAUUGGUGGUAGAUACUUAAACACUGAUGCUAUAUGCUGCACGCGUGAGCUUCACGAUCGGAAUCUCUGUAAGGUAGGGGAAGUAAUAAUUCGUCCAAGUCAGGACAACUCAGAUUGGCCAAAACGCAUUCAGACAUUUUUUGAUGGUAGCAGUGAAGAGACCACCAUGGUAACUCAAGCUAUUCCUAUCAGAAAAACUGGCAUGUACUACCUUUAUUUUAUGUUUUGUGACCCGCAACUAAAGGGCACUAUCAUAAAAGGUAGAACAGUUUGGAGAAAUCCACAUGGCUAUCUUCCUGGCAAAAUGGCACCCUUAAUGACAUUCUAUGGAUUCAUGUCAUUGGCAUAUCUUUUACUUGGUCUCUGCUGGUUUCUACAAUUUGUGCGAUACUGGAAGCAUACUUUGCAGCUUCACUAUCACAUCACAGCUGUAAUUGCCCUAGGCAUGUGUGAAAUGGCUUUUUGGUAUUUUGAGUAUGGAAAUUUUAAUUCUACUGGAUCUAGACCUAUGGGCAUAACCAUUUGGGCAGUCACUUUCACUGCUGUUAAAAAGACUGUUUCUCGCCUUCUGCUUUUGGUAGUUUCAAUGGGAUAUGGCGUUGUCCGGCCAACAUUGGGUGGGAUAACUUCAAGAGUUGCUUUUCUUGGGUUCGUAUAUUUCGUUGCCUCAGAAGCACUUGAGCUUGUUGAGCAUUUGGGAAACAUCAACGACUUUUCUGGAAAAGCAAGGCUGUUCCUGGUGCUGCCUGUUGCUCUUUUGGAUGCAACCUUCAUCGUCUGGAUAUUUUCAUCAUUGUCAAAAACUCUAGAAAAACUUCAGAUAAGGAAAAGCACAGCAAAACUGGAGCUGUAUCGCAAGUUUACCAAUUCUCUUGCUGUUUCUGUGCUUCUCUCAGUUGCCUGGAUUGGCUAUGAGUUGUACUUCAAUGCAACUGAUCCAUUAAGUGAACUUUGGCAAAGGUCUUGGAUUGUCUCCGCAUUCUGGAAUGUCCUCUCUUAUGUACUCCUCGGUAUUAUCUGCAUCUUAUGGGCUCCAUCUCAUAACCCAACUAGAUAUGCAUACUCAGAGGACACAAAUGAUGACUUUGAUGAUGAGGGAAUUCCCCUUACCGGAUGUGGUGUCAGAGGAAUUGGUGACAAUUUGAGCAAACUAGAGAGAAAGGAAAGGAAGAACAUGGAUCAUGUAUUUGGGAUGGGAGAUGACCUUGAGGAGGAUAAACGAGAGUAGUAGAUGCCUUCCCCUGCAUGGGGUUUUGAUCUUUAUUUCUCUGUCCUGGUAAAUGCUGUUCUGUACUCUCUGAGCACUCGAUGUGGAGCCUACACUAUAAACUCCUUCAAGAGGGAUAGUUGAUGAUGAUGCUCAAUGUUCAUAUUUCCUUGUAACUUCUCGGUUUUCGGCUUUGUAACCCAUGUGGAAUAAUAUGAUACACUGAAAAAAGUUUCAAGAACUGGUUAAGUAGAAUUUGUUGCAUUUAUACUUAAAUACCAGUAUCAUGCUAAACUAUUUUAUUUGUGUAACAGCCAGCUCUAUAUCAUAGUGCAUGCCAAUUCAAUUUCUUUUA